AUGAAGAUAGUAUUAGCUGUUUGCGUUUUGAUCUUAUUCGCUUCGACACACUCGAGCGAUGUUGAAGAAGACUACGAUUAUGGCGAUACUGAAGCAUUGGAAGAUUGUCAAUAUGAAAUUGAUUUCAAAACAUAUAAAAAAACGUCCAAGCUCGAUUUAUGUUCUUCAUUAACUAAUCCAACGGCAAACUCUCGUAUUCAAUUACAUGUCUACGCCAACUAUACUGAAGAGAAAAUUCACAUUCGUGCAUUGUCAUCAUCAUUAACAAACUCUCCCGUGAAAAAGUCGCUCGUUUCAUUAACUACUGAUAUCACCGAAGACUUCACAUAUCCAGCAAGUAUUUUAACAAUUGACGACUACCAAUGGAUUUCUCUACCAACACUCAAAUCAAUUCUCUUAUCUUUAAUCAAUGCUGAUUUGAAUUUACUCGGCAAGAAUUUGAAAAAAACAUUAAUCGUUGCCAAAGGUGGACACAAAGACAUACUCACUUGUGCAGGAAAUUUCUACGCGAAACAGGAUGAGAAAGUUUUAAACAUCCCCUUGACUUUCACGAAACCAAUUACAUGUACAAAGGAAAAACCACAAGAUCGAUUUUUCACAUAUCAAGAGAAAACUUAUUUGAAUCAAGCCGAUGAGAAGAAGUUUCGUUUAGCUGAUCUUCAUCAAGAUGAUCAAAAGAAAAUCAGCCGAACAGUUUGGUACACGUGUAACAAUCCAAAAUCUUGUUCACUCGGAGUGCAAAAGAAAGCAAAUUUAGACAAAACGGCGACGACGCGAGAAACAACAAGAGAAAAGAACACAUAUGAAAUGUUGAGUUCGAGAAAACUCGCACUGGUCAUUGGAAAUAACAAUUAUGAAGUCGGGAAGAAACUUAAUUGUUGCCUGAACGAUGCAUUAGAUGUCGGGAGUGUUUUGGAAAAAUUCGGUUUUCAGGUGACAGUCGGUGUUGAUUUACCAUAUGUAAAAAUGGUGCAAAAGGUUCUUCAAUUCCAACGACAAGUUCAAAAGAACGAUCUACUUCUCAUCUUCUAUUCCGGACACGGUGCUCAAUGGGAAGAUCAACAUUAUCUAAUUGGUAUUGACAACAAAUGUCUUUCCGAGGACUUCGAAAUGUAUCCACAUUAUGCCAUUAGUAUUCAGUCAACGCUCGAAUCAAUGAUGAAACGACAACCGUGUACGAUUAUUCUUCUUCUCGAUUGCUGUCGGAAUAAUUUAAAUCUCGAAGAUCAAGUGUCGAACACGAAAAAUGUCUCCCAAGAGAAUGUCACGGAUGUGAAUUUAACGUCAAUGAAAAGCAUUCCGAAUACUUUAAUUGUUUUCGCUUGUGGGUCCAACGAAGUUACAUUGGAAAAUUCGAAGAAUGCUCGAAAUAGUUUGUUUACCUAUCAUUUACUCAAACAUAUAAUCGAGCCGAAUUUAAACGUCGAAGAAGUCAUGAGUCGAGUAUGUCAUGGGAUCUACGAAGAUACCAAUGGCCAAUCGUGUUCGUAUAGAUUAAGUUCGUUACGAACAUCGAACGUUUAUUUCCACACGUCAUCGAAAGAUAUGCCGUUAUAUGUGCCUUUACCUUCGUGUCAUGAGAACAAAAAACUCGAAGAAGAAAUCGAGAAGUGUAAUUUUCAAUCAAUAGUCGAUUUAGAUCAUUGGAAUUUAACUGAUAAUGACAUGGAAAUUGUUGUUGCACAAGCGAUUAUUAAAAAACAAUGUCGAAGACUUUAUUUACAAAAUAAUAACAUUACGUCGUACGGAGCGUUGAGAAUUGCUGUUGCAUUGGAAAAUAAUAUAACAUUGAAUACAUUAAACUUGAGUAAUAAUCAUUUGUCGGAUGUUGGUGUGAGAUAUUUAGCAGAAAAGAUUUCAUCGGGUCAGUCGAUUCUUCAAUAUCUGGAUCUUGGCUCAAAUGAAAUUACGGAUCUCGGUGUUCAACAUAUAAUUGAAAUAAUAAAACGGACUCGAACGUUGACUUUUCUCGGCUUAGCGUGUAAUGAUAUUGGAAAUCAAGGAAUGCAGUUGUUGAUUAAUGUGAUUCUACAAGAAAAUAGUCAAAUUGAAGAGUUAUAUGUAAAUGGAAAUCGGCUAAUUGAUGAUCUGUGUGUGGAAUCGAUUGUUCAAAUGUUAAAAAGCAAUCGAUCAUUGCGACGAUUUCGAAUUCAUAAUUGUAAUCUAUCAAAGAAAUUCAAAAGAAAACUUCGACGAUCUGUCCGAUGGAGACUUUUCUUAUCUGUUUAUGCAUAA